UGAACCAAAUGCUGAAGCGGAGAAUGUUGAAUGUUGCUGAACAAUUGGCCGAAAUGCAUAUUAUCGAUGACAACGCGAUUGAUGUUGAAAUGGCGAAUGCUGCCGAAGAAGAACAAAAUCAAGAGGAAAGAGUAUUGAAAACCGUUUGCCAUCGCGACAUAGCGGCUGCUAGAUGUAUUUCAUACAAAGGUCGCUUUGAAUUAUUCAUGGGUUACACUCCAGAUAUAUUCAGACGGAAUGCGGGAAUCGAAAUACACUUCGACGUAUUCAAUACAUACGCGGUUGAGGCCGAGCCAAAUGCAGCAGCUUCUUAGUUUUAGUUUUGAUUUUUGAUUUUAAUACUAAUAAUUAUAAUAUCGCUAGGCCUGAUUUUGUGGUCUUGCCCAAGUACCUUAAAUGUGGUUGAACUAAAUCUGUUUAACCACUUGGUAGAAUGGCUGAAAAAAAAUUAAUAGGUCGAAAAUAAAUAGAAUUUAUAAAUGGGCACAUGAUAAAUGUAUUAACUGAUGUCAGAAUUUGUGUUUUG